UCUCUCAUCCUCUCCCCUCCUUUUGGCUCCCGCCCUUCUGGUUCCUCCUCCUCCCUUCUUGCUUCCUCUCACUCCGUCCUUCUGCAUCUAGCGAAGAUGCAGAUCUUCGUGAAGACCCUGACGGGGAAGACCAUCACCCUCGAGGUGGAGUCUUCCGACACCAUCGACAACGUGAAGGCCAAGAUCCAAGACAAGGAGGGCAUCCCCCCGGACCAGCAGCGCCUCAUCUUCGCCGGUAAGCAGCUCGAGGACGGCCGCACCCUCGCCGACUACAACAUCCAGAAGGAAUCCACCCUUCACCUCGUUCUCCGCCUCCGUGGUGGCGCCAAGAAGAGGAAGAAGAAGACCUACACUAAGCCCAAGAAGAUCAAGCACAAGAAGAAGAAGGUCAAGCUCGCAGUCCUCCAGUUCUACAAGGUUGACGACUCCGGCAAGGUCCAGCGGCUCCGGAAGGAGUGCCCCAACGCCGACUGCGGCGCCGGGACGUUCAUGGCCAAUCAUUUUGAUCGGCACUACUGCGGCAAGUGCGGGCUCACCUAUGUGUACCAGAAGGCCGGGGGAGAUUAGCGCGGGCGAAGGUUCUGUCUUCGUUUGAUUCUUCUUCCUCGUUUGGCUUUUGUCCGGAUUAUGAUGGAAAUGAACUCUUUUGUAGGGUUUUGCUAUUCGAGUUUUAUUAGCAUAUAGCUCUUCUUCUUUAGAUUUAAGAAUAUGGGACGGACUAUUUCUGUUUUUGAUUUGGAUGAGAUUCGAAUGCUCUAUACUUUUGAUAUGAAAGUUGGUUAUCUGUUUUGAUGAUUACCUUUUCAAUAUGAGGGAAUUAUUCUUAA